AUGGGCCUGAAAUUCACGCAGCGUCAUGUGCCUCCGAAAUCUCCCCCUGUGGUGAAAGCUGAGGCCGUGUCGUGCCCUUCACUAGAAGAAGAAGAAGAUGCUGCUGACUGGAGCUCCAGUAACACACGAAAGUACCUUACGAGUUAUCGCGGUGUGGCGGGCCCUUCGUGGACCUGGGCUGUACCUCCCAUCUUGGUUGUGCUACUGUUCGGCCUCCUGCUCGCCUUCAUCCUCAUCCCAGCGCGACACUCAGCUGUAGGCACAAAUACUUUCCUUCCUCUCUACCCAGAGGUUCAAUUCUUGAAGGACGGUCUACCCACUGACUCUCAGGGCACUGGUAGCACACCAGAAAAGACAAAACAGCGCCUGAGGGCAAAUGCUUCAAGCCAGCUCACAAAACGUAUCACAACUCCGCGGCACCAGCUGAAAGGGAAAGAGAAAGAAACAACAGAAGUGAUAUCGUCAGAGCAGCCGAUGAACGGGAAAGGCGGAAAUCAGCUCACAAGAACUGGAACGCCGCUGUCCUCUGAACUUGACAGCGACAUAUUACCUGCUGGUGGACGAGCCCGUACGCGGCCUGGCACAAUAGCUUCGUCCGGCCUAAAUGUGGUUCAAGGACCCCCGAAGGAGAAAACGUAAAACGAUCAAUAGAGUUGCCGCGAUUUCAUAUCUGCUUCGCCUCCGAAGUCACCUGUUCAACAUGCCUGCACUGAUAUCUUCACCCAUCCUGUCUUAAUCACACGGUGCAUGGAGAAGUUGCGAUUACAGGACAUCUGCACCAAGAACACUCGCAGCCGGCAUCGUCCUUCUACUGCGUGUUGAGAUUUUGCAUACUAUUCACAAGA